CACAAAGACUUAGAAGAGAGAGGUACACUACUCCCACUCCCACUCCCACUUUGUGAUCAAAGAUGGCCGUUGUUCUUGAUGCCUUCAUCUCCGGGCUGGUCGGUACGUUGAAGGACAUGGCUAAAGAGGAGGUGGACUUGCUGUUGGGCGUCCCCGGGGAGAUCCAAAACCUCCAACGAUCUCUCCGCAACAUCCACUCUGUCCUUCGCGUCGCCGAGAAGCGGCGGAUCGAGGACGAGGACGUCAACGACUGGCUGAUGGAGCUCAAGGAUGUCAUGUACGACGCCGACGACCUCCUCGACGAGUGCCGGAUGGAGGCCCAGAAGUGGACUCCUCGUGAGUCCGAUCCGAAGCCGUCCACCUUGUGCGGAUUUCCCAUCUGUGCUUGCUUUCGCGAGGUCAAGUUCAGACAUGCGGUGGGAGUCAAAAUCAAGGUUCUCAACGGUCGGCUGGAAGAGAUCUCGGCCCGAAGGUCCAAGCUGCAACUCCAUGUGUCUGCGGCCGAACCAAGGGUGGUUCCUCGAGUUAGUCGCAUAACUUCCCCCGUGAUGGAGUCUGACAUGGUUGGCGAGCGGCUGGAGGAGGACGCCAAGGCACUGGUGGAGCAGCUGACAAAGCCAGAUCCGAGUAAGAACGUGGUGGUGCUGGCAAUUGUGGGGAUCGGCGGCAUCGGAAAGACCACCUUCGCUCAGAAGGUGUUCAAUGAUGGUAAAAUCAAAGCCAGCUUCCGCACCACCAUCUGGGUGUGCGUGUCCCAAGAAUUCAGCGAGACGGAUCUUCUCAGAAAUAUCGUUAAAGGUGCUGGUGGAAGCCAUGGUGGAGAACAGAGCAGGAGUCUGCUGGAGCCCUUGGUGGAGGGUCUCCUGAGAGGGAACAAGUUCUUGCUGGUGUUGGAUGAUGUCUGGGAUGCUCAGAUCUGGGACGACUUGCUCCGCAAUCCUUUGCAGGGAGGAGCAGCAGGCAGCAGGGUGCUGGUGACCACCAGAAACGCAGGGAUCGCGAGGCAGAUGAAGGCGGCCGACGUCCACGAGAUGAAGCUGCUGCCUCCGGAGGAUGGCUGGUCGCUCCUGUGCAAGAAGGCGACGAUGAAUGCAGAGGAGGAAAGGGAUGCCCAAGAUCUCAAGGACACAGGCAUGAAGAUUGUUGACAAAUGCGGAGGGCUUCCCCUGGCCAUCAAGACCAUCGGAGGGGUCCUCCGCGACAGAGGACUCAACAGAAGUGCGUGGGAGGAAGUUCUCCGCAGCGCCGCAUGGUCACGGACCGGCCUUCCCGAAGGUGUGCACGGAGCACUGAAUCUGAGCUACCAACCUUCCGGCCCAUCUCAAGCGAUGCUUUCUCUACUGUGUCUUAUUGCGCGAAAACUAUGCGUUCCACAUGUCGGACAUCGUCAGAUUAUGGAUAGCCGAGAGGUUUGUCGAAGCACGAGAAGAUGUCACUUUGGUGGAAACAGGGGAGCAAUAUCCUAGAGAGCUGCUUCAUAGGAGCCUUCUACAAUCGGAGUCUUACGGUCUGGACUACGAUGAGUCUUCCAUGAUGCAUGACCUGCUACGAUGGCUCGGCCAUUUUCUAUCGAGAGAUGAGAGCUUGUUCAUUAGUGACGUGCUGGAGAACUGCUGCCGCCCCAAUGACCACUAAGCUCCCGUCUCUUGUCAAGAAAUGGCCGAGUGAUCGCAGCAGGUCAUACAUGGUGCAGCUCCAGCCGACGUACAGAUGGUGGGGGUCGGGUUGUAGUAGGCUCCUCCGAAUCAGCUCUCUGAAAUAUUCCUCCCCUGUUGCCUCCAACGUGAGAUCGCCUUCUGCGUGGACAAACCCCUCGGCUAUCCACAGCUGGACCAUGCAUGCCCUGACGAACGCGUAGUCUUCACGGAAUAAGGCGCAGUAGAGAAAGCACUGCUUGGGCCGGCAAGUCCUCGUAGCUCAGAUACAGAGCUCCGUGGACGCCUUCGGGUACGCCGGUUUGUGACCACGCGACGCUGCGGAGAACUUCCUCCCAUGUCCUUCUGCUGAGUUCUUUCGUGCAGAGGACUCCUCCGAUGGUCUUGAUGGCCAGGGGAAGUCCUUGGCAUUUCUCAACUAUCUUCAAGCCGAUGUCUUUGAGAUUUUGGGCAUCCCUUUCCUCGUCUGCGUUCGUCGUGGCCUUCCUGCACAGCAGGGACCAGCAAUCCUCAGGGGGCAGUAGACUCACUCUGUGGACGUGGACCGCCUUCAUUUGCUUAGUGAUCCCUUCGUUUCUUGUGGUCACCAGCACCCUGCUCCUCGCAAAGGAUUGGGGAGGAAGUCGACCCAGAUCUCAGCCCUCCACACAUCAUCCAACACCAGCAAGAACUUGUUCCCUUUCAGGAGACCCUCCACCAUGGGCUCGAGCAAAGUCCGGCUCUGUGCUCCACCGUGACUUCCCCCGGCGCUGGUGACGAUAUCCCUGAGAAGAUCCGUCUCCGUGAACUCUUGGGACACGAACACCAUAUGAAGGUGAAUGUGAAGGACACAGAUAUGUUAGAAAUUGUACCUUCAUGGAGGAUUCAUUAAGCAAUACUGUUUUGUGUUCUUACGACUUUAAGAUAAAAGAAAAGAAAAAGAAAAAAAAGGACUGGAUCGGCUUUGUGUUC